AUGUCUUGCCGCCGACGACACGAAAGCUGUGAGCAGGGCGGGUCGCCGGCGCCGGCGCGCUCUCCCGGCAACGACGCGGGCGCGUGGGCCGCGUCGGCGCUCGAGGCGGCGACCAGCGCGCUCUCGGCGCCGUCCCUGCGCGCGGCGGACGAGCCGCGGGCUGCGGAGGCGGCGUAUGCGUCGCUCGGCGCCGAGCCACGGCUGGCGCUGCUGGCGGCGCUGGCCGAGGCGGAGGGCAAGACUUCCAAGCGCGACCGCGAGGCGGCGCGCUCCGCCGCGGCGGCCGAGCUGCUGCGGCUGGGCGCGCCGCGCCGCAAGAAGGCGCCGCCGGCCGUGCCGGGCGAGGCGCCGCCGCCGGUGCCGGGCGAGGGCAUCGCGGACACGCGGCUCGCCGUUUGCGUCGGCCGGCUGGUGGCGCGGCACAGCUUGCGCGGCCCGUUCUUCGCGCUGUCGCGCGCCGACCUCGACGCGGCGGAGGAGGCGCUCGCGUUGGAGCUGUACCCUACCUCCAGAGGACCGAACCCGGCGUGGGUUCAGUCCCGUGGGUGGUGUGGCCGCUCCGCCGGGCUCGAGGGGGACGCGUCCGCGGACGGGCUUGGCUCGCUCGGCGCGGCGACCGGCCGCUGGCUCACCCGGGGCAUGCUGGAGGCGUAUGCGUGCCUCGGCGCCGCGCUGGCGGAGGAGCAGGCGGCCGCCGAGCGCGCCGCCGCGCACGAGCAGCUGUCCGGCGGCCGCGCUCGCUCCCUCAGCCUCGGACGCGACCGCGCCGGCGCGUCCUACUGGGCCAUCGGCCCGCGGGCGCCGCUGAGCGUGUGGGCGCCGUCCCGCGCCGCGCUCGAGUCGCUGCUGCCUCCGUUCGAGCCCGCGCCUCCUCCCGCGCCGCCGGCUGGCCUCGCCAUCCACGAGCACGCCGAGUCGCUCCCCGGAGGGCUGCUGGCGGCGGAGGUGGACCGGCGCCUCUUUGAGGGCGCGCACGAGGCCGGCUGGCGCGUCUUUCCGCGCGAGGGGGAGGAGGGCAAGUCGGGCAACGACGGGCACUUUUGGGCCCUCGGCGAUUACGCGUGA